AUGGAGGUAGACGCAAAUUUAGCUCCAAGUGUUAGCGGUCGUGGUGGGAAUCCCUCGCCGGGGGGGACUAGCCCCAUCUUCGCUCUUGGAUCUCCCAGUUCGUCCGCGCCCUACAGCGGAGGCGCCCCGGACGAUGUCGACGUUGCGAUCGGAAUCUUCGAGCAGAACGUCAAAUUCAUGACCUUCUUCUAUCAGCACCUUACCGCGAGCCCGCCGCACGGCCCUUUCCGUUACUACGCGGCGAUCACGCUGGUGGAGCGCGCGAAGGAGCGGUUUGGAAGGCGCAGGGGCCUGCGAGGCGGUGCCUCUUCCCAUUCUCAGGUCCUUACGGUUCUCACCGUGCGCAACGUCCUCGCCCUGAUUGAGCGGAAGUACAACACGCGGCAUCUGAGCAGUUGGCCGCUGCUCUACGUCCCGGCAGAGGUCCACGCCACGGACCUGCAGCGGGAGGGGUGA